UCUCAGAGUGUUCUCUAACUAGUUAGCAAACCCACCCAAAAAUGGAGCUCAAGGAGUUUAGCCCUAGAAUCCGCCGUGGCGUAAACCCUACACUUGGGGAGCUUCUCAAGUCGGUUGGAGAUGCACAAAGCCCUGAUCAUGAUCAUCAUAUUCUUGAGUUAGGCUUUCCUUGCAGCUCUGUCCCUCCCUCCUCCUACCCUUUUGUCCUCUCAUUCACCAAUCUUACAUAUAGCGUCAAAGUCCGACGCAAGGUGAACUUAACACCCUCGUGUUUCGGUGCUAACUCCACUACGGCAGAGGUCAGCAAAGCCAACACCAAAGUUUUACUAAAUGGCAUCUCUGGGGAGGCUAGGGAAGGCGAGCUCAUGGCGGUUCUAGGGGCAAGUGGGUCCGGAAAAUCAACGCUGAUCGAUGCUUUAGCCGAUCGAAUCUCCAAGGACAGCUUGAAAGGCACGAUCACAUUAAACGGAGAGGCCUUAGACUCAAGGCUCUUGAAAGUGAUAUCAGCUUAUGUCAUGCAAGACGAUCUUUUGUUCCCAAUGCUUACAGUUGAAGAGACUCUUAUGUUCUCAGCUGAAUUUAGGCUUCCUCGCAGCUUAUCGAAGUCCAAGAAGAAAGCUAGGGUUCAGGCUUUGAUCGACCAACUAGGCCUUCGAAACGCUGCCACUACUGUGAUCGGCGAUGAGGGCCACAGAGGCGUCUCUGGAGGCGAAAGAAGGAGAGUUUCUAUUGGAAUUGACAUAAUUCACGACCCCAUUGUUCUGUUUCUUGAUGAACCAACUUCAGGGCUUGACUCGACGAGUGCUUUCAUGGUGGUGAAGGUUUUGCAGAGAAUAGCUCAGAGUGGGAGCAUUGUGGUCAUGUCCAUUCACCAACCCAGUUACCGGAUUUUGAGCUUGUUGGAUCGUUUGAUAUUUCUUUCUCAUGGACAGACUGUGUAUGGUGGCUCGCCGGCGAAUCUUCCAGUGUUUUUCAGGGAGUUUGGACAUCCGAUUCCCGAAACUGAGAACCGAACUGAGUUUGCUCUCGACCUCAUUCGAGAAUUGGAGGAAACCCCAGGCGGAACAAAGAGCUUGGUGGAAUUCAACGAGUCCUGGCAGCUCAACAAAAAUCAACAAAGACAAGAGGCAGAUCCAAACAACUUGAUCAACUCCAUCACCAAGCCAAAGCUUUCCCUCAAGGAUGCAAUAAGUGCAAGCAUUUCAAGAGGCAAACUAGUCUCCGGUGCACCAAAUGACCCAAGCCUCUCCUCCUCAGUCCCCACAUUUGCCAAUCCAUGUUGGAUUGAAAUAGCAGUCAUCUCCAAACGCUCCCUCACAAACUCAAGACGAAUGCCAGAGCUCUUCGGCAUUCGCCUAGGUGCAGUCCUCGUGACCGGACUUAUUUUAGCCACUAUGUUUUGGAAGCUUGACAACUCUCCAAAAGCCGAGGCCAUUCCAAUUUUCCUCCAAGAACGCUACAUUUUCAUGAGAGAAACCGCCUACAAUGCCUACCGCCGGUCCUCUUACGUUCUUGCUCACUCUCUAAUCUCCAUUCCCUCCUUGCUCUUCCUCUCCUUAGCCUUCGCCGCCACGACCUUUUGGGCCGUGGGUCUGGCGGGUGGUGUUCAUGGCUUCCUCUUCUUCUUCUUCACUAUUUGCGCUGCGUUUUGGGCCGGGGGUUCUUUCGUCACAUUCCUUUCGGGCAUUGUGACCCAUGUCAUGUUGGGCUACACAGUUGUGGUGGCCAUUUUGGCCUACUUCCUUCUCUUUAGUGGGUUCUUCAUAAGUAGAGAUAGAAUCCCACUCUAUUGGAUUUGGUUCCACUACAUUUCCCUAGUGAAGUACCCAUAUGAAGGUGUCUUGCAAAAUGAGUUUGAUGACCCCACCAAGUGCUUUGUGAGAGGGACCCAGAUGUUUGACAACACACCACUAGGAACCGUCCCCGUGGCAAUGAAGUUGGAGCUGCUCAAGAGCAUGAGCACCACUUUGGGAGUCAACAUCACCGGCUCCACGUGCGUGACCACGGGAACAGAUAUACUGAAGCAGCAGGGAAUCACUGACCUCAGUAAAUGGAGUUGCUUGUGGAUCACCGUUGCCUGGGGGUUCUUCUUUAGGAUUCUGUUUUAUUUUACUUUGUUGUUGGGCAGCAAGAACAAGAGGAGGUAGUAAUUUGUGAGGUGAGGGGUGUCACAGUCAUGUAAUCUGUCUGAUUAUUAUUUUCUUUAUUGAUUUUCAGUGUAUAAUUUUAAGUUAUUACCAUGUAGUUUUGUAAU